AUGCUACUCCAAAAUCUCCAAGGAACCGGCCGAAGAUCUGCUCUGCUCUAUGGUUCCGCUGGAGCUGGCUUCGUCCUAUAUUACCUCGCGGCCUAUACAAAGAUUUCGGGUUCUUUCGACCAUCAGGUUCAGCGAGAUGCCGGAGCCAAUACAGCUGUUGUCAUGAUCUACUUUUUCUCGAUAUUUUAUGGGUUCUCCUGGAAUGGCAUUCCAUGGAUCUUCGCCUCCGAAGUCAUGCCUAAUCACGCUCGAACCUUUGGAAAUAUGUGCGUGGUCUGCUUUCAGUGGGUGGGGCAAUUUAUUGUUGUCUACUCCACGCCGCAUACGAUGUGGGGGACGUUUCUGUUCUUUGGGAUGUGCACCACAGUCAGCUUUAUUGCCGCCUACCUCUUCAUUCCAGAGACCAAAGGUAUUCAACUUGAGGACAUGGAUAUCUUGUUCGGCCCAGAGGCACCAAUAUUUGCAAAGGCUAUUCAUGCGAGGUACCGGGAAAAGCAUCAAGCUGGUGAAACGGCGGCAGCCAGGGAAGCCAUUGCCGACAAUAUUCUGAUUAAGAACGGGGUUAUACAUCUGGAGGGAGCGCGAGAUAGAUGCUUGAAGUAUGUGAGUGGGCGAACUUGA